UUUUUCUGUAGCGCUCUUUCGUUGUGGGCUUCGAUCAGAUCCACUAGCUAGCUAAGUAUACACUGAAAGAUCAACCUUUUUUCUCAAACAUUCUCUUUUUCUUUGUUCAAAGUUUUCGUUCUUUCGUUUUCUCUAGUCGCGACCUCAAGAUGCUCGCUCCAAGAGUAAGAUUGCGAUACUGCUUUUUUGACUUUGCCCAAGUUAUUUUUUUUCUUCCUUCCACUUUCUUUGUUGGUUUCCUCCUCUGACCUGAGAGGUAAACCCAAGAACGCGAUCGAGAUGGUUUUUCUUCGUUGUUGUUGUGUUGCGCAUACUGGUUCCAACUUCGCCAUCCCUGGCGGCCCCAUUUCAUCGCCAUCGCCAUAGCCACGACUGUGUCUCUCUGUAUUAGCGUGUUAUUUUUGUUUGUGGCCCUCGGCGCCCCUGUACAAAAUGCUCGUGCGUCUCCAGACGACGAGUGUGAGUAAGUCUUUCCAACAAACGCAAUUAAAAUCGAUAGAAAAGUGCGAAAACUAAUCUCCUCGCCCACAGUCCUUUCCAGCGUUCGUGUUUAGCUGCGCAGUAUUCUUGACACGGUCACUACGUUUUCUUUCCAUCUCUAGGCCUAUUUAUCCUUUUUUUCCAGGAGUGCCGUGGGCGAGCAAACUAGCCACUGGCUGCCACGAAAGAAGAGGUAAACCGAGUAGUAUCAGAUCUCAGCCAGAGCUCGAAUUGGGAGAGGAAAGAAACUUGGGGGAAAUUGUAGCAGCAGCAGCAGCUUCGGCUAGAUCUCUCGCUCUCUUUCUCUCUGUUCGAGAGAACGGACGAACGAGAGGUAGAGGUCUCAAGCCGAGAUAGAGAGCCUUCGCUCAAGGAGAUAGAGGUCUCUCACUCUCACAGCUAUGGCAACCAAGAUGGAUCCUCCAAAUGGCUACUGCCCUCCAGACAAGCACUACUACAUGCUGUGGCACAGCUUGUUUGAGAUCGACACCAAGUAUGUUCCAAUUCGUCCGCUGGGGAAGGGAGCUUAUGGAGUGGUGUGCUCGGCCGAUAAUCUGGAGACCGGGGACAAGGUUGCCAUUAAGAAGAUUGGGAAUGCUUUCGAGAACUCCAUCGACGCGCUGAGAACUUUGCGGGAGAUGCGACUGCUGCGGUACUUGCAGCACGAAAACGUGGUGGGGCUGCUGGAUAUCAUGAAGCCCGUCGGGAGAUACACUUUCAACGAUGUCUACCUGGUUUACGAGCUCAUGGACACGGAUUUGCACCAGAUCAUCCGCUCCUCGCAGCCCCUCACGGACGAGCACUACCAGUUCUUUAUCUAUCAGCUGCUUCGUGGUCUCAAGUACAUCCACUCGGCCAACGUUCUCCACCGCGACUUAAAGCCCGGCAACUUACUCCUCAACGCAAACUGCGAUCUCAAGAUCGCCGACUUCGGCCUCGCGAGAACCGGGCGAGAGAAAGGCCAGUUCAUGACCGAGUACGUCGUCACUCGCUGGUACCGCGCUCCGGAACUCCUCCUCUCGUGCGAGGACUACACCAGCGCCAUCGACAUCUGGUCCGUGGGAUGCAUCUUCGCCGAGCUCCUGGGGAGAAAGCCGAUCUUCCCAGGCAAGAACUACAUCAACCAGCUCAAGCUCAUCAUCGACGUGAUCGGAUCGCCCAAGGAGAGCCAGCUCGGGUUCAUCAGCAACCACAAAGCUCGAAGCUACAUCCGCUCCUUGCCACCAACGCCGAGAGUUCCAUUGUCUCGCCUCUAUCCACACGCGAAUCCGCAGGCGUUGCAGCUCAUCGAGAGGAUGCUUGCCUUCGAUCCAAAGGAGCGGAUCACCGUGUCGGAGGCGCUGGAUCAUCCGUACUUCAAUCUGGUUCACGACAAUCACGCUGGAGAUGUCUACCAGUUUCGUCCGGACAAUAUCAUCCCUCCGGAUGUCAUGGAGGAUCAAAUGGUCGACACGAGCAGUAACUUGCGGGAGUAUGUGUGGAGGGAGAUGUGCUACUACCACCCCCAGGCGAUCAACGAGAUGUGAUCAAUAUCAAUUCUUAUACAUAUAUUGAUUCAUUUUAUUAAGAUUGUAUCAUAUCCUCGGCGAAGAAAUAAAACCUUCGGUUUGAUUUCCUCGAA